GUGUGUGGGCGGGGCUGCCAAGCGCUCGAGCGGAAUUAAAACCGACACGCGCAGGGUGACCGCCAACGUAACGGACACGCACGACCGUGUAUGACGGGGAGAGCGGACCGGCUCGGUUGGUGUCCAUAAUCGUCUACGGUUUAGAAGCGAGUUUGUUUGUUUGUUUGUUUGUUUGUUUGUUCUUGUGUCCUCUCGUCGACAGUGCGCUCGCGUUCUUCAUCGUGAAAGCUGUUAGCGAGUUCGGCUAGCUAGCGCUGGGCGCUCGAGAACUUUAUGUUCCAGGACCAAAGCGAAGACACUGCGGCGUGUUUUCCGGGAUUUCUCUUCGCCGCUUUUCGUGGCAGCGUCGUGUAAAGUGGAAACGUGAACGUUUUGUGUUCAGCUGUCGUCAAGAAACGGCCCGUAUUCGGCGGUUUUGUUCGACUCGCGCAGCUCGCGUGUGGGUCUGACGUUGUGGCUGGUUGAGCGCGCUGCACGCCAAACUCAACAUGGGACAAGUUUUCCUUGAGCAAGGCUGAAUCAAACCACAGAACGUUACACCUGGUGGGAUAUUCAACGCUGCUGGUCCGUUUGACUUACAAACGUCGAGAGGGAUUGACGUACUGGUUCUAGCUCCGCUGGGCGAUAUACUGGGAGUAAUGGUUACGAACACGGUGCACUGGUUCAGAAAGGGUCUUCGGCUCCACGAUAACCCUUCCCUCCGGGACUCCAUCGUGGAAGCGGACACGCUGCGCUGUAUUUACAUUCUGGACCCGUGGUUUGCUGGCUCGUCCAGCGUUGGAAUAAACAGAUGGAGGUUUUUGCUGCAGUGUCUGGAGGACCUAGAUGCCAACCUCCGCAAACUGAACUCCCGUCUGUUUGUCAUCAGAGGCCAGCCCACUGAUGUCUUCCCCAGGCUCUUUAAGGAGUGGAAGAUUACGCGUCUGUCCUACGAGUACGAUUCUGAACCUUUCGGAAAGGAGAGAGAUGCCGCCAUUCAGAAGUUGGCCAGAGAGGCCGGAGUGGAGGUCACCGUCAGGAUCUCUCACACACUCUACCAUCUGGACAAGAUCAUUGAGAUGAAUGGGGGACAGUCUCCUCUCACCUACAAGCGUUUCCAGACUCUCAUCAGCAGAAUGGACGCUGUGGAAACACCAGCAGAGACCAUUACUGCUGACAUCAUGGGCAGGUGCACCACCCCCAUCAGUGACGACCAUGAUGAUCGUUUUGGUGUGCCCUCUCUUGAGGAGCUGGGCUUUGAUACUGAGGGUCUGCCGUCCGCCGUGUGGCCUGGCGGGGAGACAGAAGCUCUCACUCGUUUGGAAAGACACCUGGAGAGGAAGGCUUGGGUGGCCAACUUUGAGCGUCCUCGAAUGAACGCCAACUCCCUGCUGGCCAGCCCAACGGGCCUGAGCCCCUACCUGCGCUUUGGCUGUCUGUCCUGCAGAAUCUUCUACUUCAAACUCACCGACCUGUACAGAAAGGUGAAGAAGAACAGCGCGCCGCCCCUAUCCCUGUACGGCCAGCUGCUGUGGCGGGAGUUCUUCUACACCGCCGCCACCAACAACCCGCGUUUCGACAAGAUGGAGGGGAACCCCAUCUGUGUGCAGAUGCCCUGGGACCGAAACCCACAGGCGCUGGCCAAGUGGGCUGAGGGCCGGACCGGCUUCCCCUGGAUCGACGCCAUCAUGACCCAGCUGAGGCAGGAGGGCUGGAUCCACCACCUGGCACGGCAUGCCGUGGCCUGCUUCCUCACCCGCGGAGACCUGUGGGUCAGCUGGGAGGAGGGUGUGAAGGUGUUUGAGGAGCUGCUCCUGGAUGCUGACUGGAGCGUGAACGCCGGCAGCUGGAUGUGGCUGUCCUGCAGCUCCUUUUUCCAGCAGUUCUUCCACUGCUACUGCCCCGUGGGCUUCGGCCGCCGCACCGACCCCAACGGAGACUACAUCCGGCGGUAUUUGCCCGUAUUGAGGGCGUUUCCAGCCAAGUACAUCUAUGACCCCUGGAACGCCCCAGAGAGCGUGCAGAAGCUUGCUAAGUGCAUGAUUGGGGUGCACUACCCCAAGCCCAUGGUCAACCACGCCGAGGCCAGCAGAAUAAACAUUGAGCGCAUGAAACAGAUCUACCAGCAGCUGUCCUGCUACAGAGGCCUGGGACUUUUGGCCUCCGUGCCAUCCAAUUCUAGCUGUAAUGGUGAUGGAGCAGGUGGAGGCCCUGGAGACAGUAGCCAGGAGGUCAGUGGUGCAGCACACCUGACACCAGCCAACCCUCUGGAAGGCAUGUCAGCAGGCAUCUUGUUUAGUUCCCAUGGUGACCAACAACCUGGCAUCAGUGGUCUGCCACAGACUGAAGGUGGCAGAGUCAGGUCUCCCAGACAAGAACCAAAGUCACACCAAGGUGGAGGAAGUGUCCCUGUGAAGCGCCACAGUGAAGAUCCACCUUCAAGCAAUGGCUGCAAGAUCCAGAAACGGAAUACUGACUAGCCAUACUGUCCUAGCCACACGCACCCUUCGCAGGCCAGCAACAGGACAUGUUCCACACAGUAGUGUUUAGGAAUAUGUUUAAAUGUUGAUCUACUCAGAGGUUGUCCUUUCUGCUAAGCCAGAGUCCAGUUCCAUAUGCAGUGCUACAGUCAGAUCAUAAACUGCACAGUGACAUGCUCUGUUUGUUUACAGUACACUGUGAUUAUGUAGUGUUUCCUUAGUGGUUGUUUAAAUUGUCAAGGAAACUUUUAUAUAAGAGUUUAUGUAAAACUUCUGUCCUCCAAAUUCCAUGCAUGAGUGUCCCCUUUUUGUUUAGUGUAUGUUUUAUUUUAUAUAUAUAUAUAUAAUUAUAAAAAAUCUAGUGUUUUGGAAUGUGUUCUGUAAAUAAUACAGAAGCUCCAUAACUGAACUGGGAAAAGCAUUCAUAUGUGCUAUUUAUGUUGCAUUGACACACAACCAUAAUGUACAAAUGGCACAAUACAUUUAAAGCAAUUUGAUGGUCAAAGAUUUUUUUACAAGGUCAAAUAUGUAAGUUUUGCCCAUCGGAAAAUGUGAGUAUUAUGCACUCACUACAACUGACCAGGUCUGACCACGUGGCUGAAGUUUGCGCUGCGCGAGUUGGUGUAAAUAGGAGAUAAUAGUCUAGUUCAUGACUAGACCUCCGCUGGUCUAGCUCUGUACAAUAAUACCUGCUGAGAAUAUAUGCAUGUGUUUUAAAGACAUGUCUGCAUACGUGUAUAUGUAUAUACACACUAACUUUUUUCUUGCUUGGUUACACUUGGUUAGUUUUUUUUUAAUAUACAUUUGAACAAGAAUACCAGUUUGUUUUUGAAUGAUUGAUUGGUUUGUGCUCUUUUUAAGUCUCCAUUAAAUCCUACACGGUAGACGUGUUUAA